UUUUUCUUUUCAUAGAAAAUUAUUGUGAAUUAUUUAAAGUUUAGUUUAUGGUGGUGAAAUGUAAGAACAUCGUAGCAAAUUGUUAGUAGUGGUUAUCGCUUUUCUAUGGUCGUAAUUUCUCGAGCUAUAAUAUAGUCCUGCAUAUUAUGCAGGUUUAUUCAUUAAUUAAUUCAUUUCGGAUGACUUACUGAUAGAUAUCUGAAGCAGGACCUGUAUGCGAGAAUAACCAUGAUAGUUGUUAUCUCUAGAUAACAAAUUUAAGUGAUAACACCGUUAAAAAAUAUAAGAAAUUAAUCAACUUUUCAAUUUAAUUAAAAUAAAAUUUUAUGAAAGUGCAACAUUUAUCAACUUCUGUGUUGGCGUUCGAGUGCAAGAGAAAUUAAUAUUUUGUCAAAAAACUAGUAUAAAAAUUAUAGUUUUUAUCAAGUAAAAUUUUUCUAAUAAAAAAAAAAAAUGUAAAAAAUUCAAAAAAAUCAUUUAAUUUAUCCAAUAUUUCAAAAAUACUUUUAUUAAUAAAUUAUGUCGUUUGACGAUGGUGUACAAGCAACAAAUAAUGAUGCGACUAAAUGCAAAUAUUCUGCUGUAAAGAUGGGUUACUGGGAAGAUGAUUUUAUACAUCAUUUUGUGUCUGGUUUUGAACGAAAAACACCUGAAAUAAAUAGAGGAUACUACGCUCGUACCAAAGGUGUAUCUAUGUUCAUGGAUAAAUUUCUUAAGAAAACUGGAUCAAACUGCCAGAUUAUUAAUUUAGGAGCUGGGUUUGAUACAUUAUAUUGGAGACUUAAAAAUAGAAAUUUAAGUGUAAAUAAUUAUGUUGAAAUUGAUUUUGCUUCAGUAACAUCAAAAAAAUGCUAUUUAAUAAAGCGAAGUAAAGUCUUGUUGGAUUCAAUUUCUUCUCAGGAAGGUGAAGUUCGAAUAACGGGACCUGAUUUACAUGGAUCUGAUUAUCACAUUAUAGGAACUGAUCUAAGAAAUCUUGCAGAAAUUGAAAAAAAAGUUGUCCAAAGUGGUAUUAAUUUUAAAACUCCUACAAUGUUCCUCACAGAAUGUGUUCUAGUAUACAUGGAACCAGAAAGCUCAGCAUUUUUAUUACAAUGGAUUGCUAAAAAAUUUGAUGAUGCAUUUUUUAUUAAUUAUGAACAGGUGAACAUGGGUGAUACUUUUGGUAGAAUCAUGCUUGAUAAUCUACGAAAUAGGGGAUGUCAAUUAGCUGGUGUUGAAAGAUGCCUUAAUUUACAAACACAAAUAGAUAGGUUCAUCAACACUGGAUGGGAAAGUGCUCGUUCUUGGGACAUGAAUAAUAUUUAUGAACAUUUACCUGAUGCAGAUAAAUACCGUAUGGAAAGACUUGAAAUGCUUGAUGAAUUAGAAAUUUUACAACAGCUGCUUCAACAUUACUGCAUUACAAUUGCUUGGAAAGGAAGAACUAUGGCAGAUAUUGAUUACUUAUAGCAGUUACAACAGCAAGUUAUGAAUGAUAUUGAACAUAACUUGCGCAUUGGAUGUUGAUUUAAAAUAUUUUUAUAGCUUUUAAGUUCAACUCCUAAUAUAAUAUAAUCAGUUGAUAUUUUAUGUGUAAAAUAAUUCAUUUUUGUAUAAAGAACUGUGAAUCAUAGUAGUUUAGAAAUGUAGUUAACAUAAUACAUAUUAAAAUUGUAAUAUAUUUGACAUGGUAUCAUGUCAUAUUACCAAGUCUUUGAUAUCAAAACUUAGUCAUAUAUAACAAAAAUAUAGUAAAUGUCCUUGUCUUUAAAACAAACUAACCAUAUGUUUUCUAGAAAUUAAAACCCAUCUAAAAAAAGAUUAAUAUGUAACUAAGUAAAAAGUAUUAUCAAAAAUAUUUAUAAACCAAAGUUUCCUUUUUAGAGAACUAAUAUAU